ACACUGUUGAUCACCUGAAAUAUUUCAUCUAAAAAGUUUUAUAACAAUUGCUAUGUCUCUGCUAAACUAUUUCAUUGAAAUUUUAUUUCUAAACUAAUAUUCGAAUACCAAUUUUGGUAUCCGAAUACUUGCGUGAUAUCCGGAUACUCGGAUAUUCGCUUCCAUCCCUAGUUUCUAUGGUAUUGAUAUAAGAGCCAUGUAAACUACCACGCUUCAAAUGUUCAACAUAUCCGAGUUCUUUAUUUGUUUACAUGUAAGAUGCCGUUUACCUUAUCUUUUGUAAUAAGUUGAGUUUGAAGCUGUAUUUAUUUCAGAUUUUCGGUCUAUAAUUUAACUGCAUUCUAUCAGAGCGUGAUAUUUAUUUGUGUCACGGACAACCGUUGGCUGUUUGCCUUCAUGUCGUUCGAACAGAGAAAAUUACAUUGUUUUUUCUAAAAAUCAGAUAAUGAAAAAUAUUAAGUUUCUUAUAACGAUAUGUUCAACGAGCCAAGAGAAAUACCGCCUAUAGUUAAACAUGCCCUGGUCUAUUAUUGACAGAUAUGCGGGGACGACCAACGUUGGCGGGUACUUUAGACAACCGAUGGCCUGGCAGUGCCGGUGAAUAGUGUGGUUUUAUCUUCGCGCAAAAUAUAGCUGGAAUGGACCUUACCUAGGGUUCCCGGGAUGUGGGAGCCUUUGAUUUGGUUUGACCAUUAGUUCUUCGCUGCAGGGCGGAAUUUUACCUUGGAUAGGCCAGACCUGGGUUGUGGUAACAAUUAACUGCAAUAGUGACUUCAACUUUGAAGAAGGAUGGUCAAUAUCAUCCUUUGCGGCUGCCCGGGGUCGGGAAAAGAGCACCUGGCUAAACGACUGAACCGUACGCUUAAACACAGACUUGGAAAACACAAAAUAAUCACUGGAUUAGCCAAACAUGUCUUAAGACGCGAAGGGAUUAGCAAACGCAAAGACUAUGACGCUGAUGAUGAUAAAUUUUGUUAUGUUCAGGAACAGAUUGUUCAGGAAUCAUGUAAUGAGGAACUGGUUGCGCAUAGAGACGGUGUAAGUUUUAUAAAUACGGACAGCGUAAUAAAUACACUUGUCCUACUGAAAGCAUGUUUCAAACCCGGCGAGCAAGAAUCGUUUUACAAUCUCCUCGGAAGAGAUGACGUCAAACAAGUUUUGGAAAUGUACAAACGAUCGCUGGUAGUAAUACUAAAGCCCCAACAGUUUGUACACGAUGAUUUGAUUUGUCUGAAACUUAAAUAUGAUGACUGGAUGGAAAUGAAAAGUCUUUAUGUGCAGUUACUUUUUGAUCUACACAUACCGUUCAUAGACAUUCGUUUUGAUGACGAUACAAAGAAAAUUGAGAUGAUCGCAGAGGCUUUAGCGGGAUCCAAGAUUGAACUGGACGAAUCGUUGUUUAAUAUGUUUUUGGAAAGAGAAGAAACAAACUUUGUCCAGAAUAGGUUUCUGUUUGUUAAAAGCGCUCCUGAAGGAAAUAGAGAAAUACAAAUACCUACACUUAAAGUGUAUUCCGAACACUACAUACAGAUUUGGACGACAAUGAAACAUGGACAAACAAACAGAUUUAUACAUAGACAUGGCCAUGAAAAAUUACUUUGUAUUGAAUUUGACAUAAAUGUGAAGUCAACAUGGGCACAGAAGGUUUUGUUGAAAGGGAUUUAUGUUAAUGGCGAACCAUACGUAUUUCUUGCCUGUACUGACAGUGGUUUGAAAGAACGCAAAUGCUAUUUAUGGAGAGGGCCUCAACAAGAAGUUGACGAGAUUAUUGAAAGCAAUGGGGACUUUUCACAGAUACAAACCGUAUCUAAAAGACUAGCGCGAAUUGGUUUGCUGUUUUCGGGGGUACAGCUGACGACACAGAAUGUUUCUCCGGAACAUAUGGUGAAAGUGAUAGAUAUUGAAUCCAAUGGAAAAGUGUUUACUGAUGGUUGUGGUGCAAUCGGAAUGCAACUUGCAACACAAAUUUUUCAAGAAGUAGAUGACAUAACCAUUGACAAAGAUUAUUUACCUAGUGUUUAUCAAGUGCGUUUGCAGGGAUACAAAGGUGUUUUGGCAGUAGAUCCUGGGAUUGAGCCGAAUUCAAUUCUGUUGCGUGACUCGAUGGAAAAAUUUCGAUCAACUGCUCAUCCGUUCAUAGGAAUUUGCAAUUAUUCGAGACCAUAUACAUUUGGCUAUUUGAACAAGCAGUUCAUAAUGAUGCUCUCUGGCCUCGGAAUUCCAGAUUUUGUGUUUCAACAGAAACAUGAAGUUCAUCUGAAUAAUCUGCAAAACAUGUUGACGGACACAGAGACGGCCAUAGAUGUGCUUCAGUGGCAGAAUGAAUUUGGUUACGCACUCUUGAUCAACAGCGCUGGAGGCAUACACAAUCUUUCAGAAGAACGUCGGCGGAAAGUUGAAAAAGUUCUAAAAGCAAUUCAGCAAAACGAAAACUCAAAGCUGGACAAACUACGUAUAUUGAUACCAAAAUCAAGGAAUAUAUUUGGAGUGUGUGACACACAAGGCAUUCUUGAAUACGGACAAUGUUUUCUUAGACUAACUGUAAAUGGAAGGCCGAAAACAAUAUGUGGACUUGUUGUCGUUUGUAAAAACCCUUGCUACUUGACUAGUGAUGUUAGAGUAUUAGAAGCAGUUAGUGAUAUUGAUAAUCCGAAUGCAAGGAGUCUGAAUCAUUUGGUUGAUUGUAUUGUAUUUCCUACCAAGGGAAAACGACCCCAUGCUGAUGAAAUAGCGGGCUCGGACUUAGAUGGGGAUCAGUUUUUUGUGUGUUGGGAUGAAGCAUUGAUCCCAAAUAAGACACGCCCACCCUACGAUUAUCCUUCCAUUUCCGCAAAGCCACAAGGCGCCAUUACCCAUGAGAAGGUAAUCAGUUACUUUUCAAAGCAAAAUGAAACUAGGAAACUGAUUGGACGUGUAAACAAACUUUACAAUUUAUGGGCUGACCGGAAAGGGGUCAAUUCAACAGAAUGUGAACUAUUGGGACAGCUGUUUUCAAGAGCUAUUGACGCUAGUAAAUCAGGCGAUGAAGUGAAGAUUCCGAAAGGUUUACAAAACGUAGAGGAAACGGAUGAAUGCAGAUUUGUAUGGGGCUGUAUGGAACAGACGGCCAAACAGCGCCGCGAAGCCUUUGCCAACGACAUUCUAGUAAACAGAGAUGAUGUGAUUUCUUUGGAAUUCGUCCUGGACAUUGGAAAACAAAUGCAUGGAAACAUCACUUCAUUUGACAAACUUACAUUGUUCAUCAGAUAUGUCGGCCAGACAGACCUGCCACAAGAUGAACAUGUUCGGGAAGUGUUUCAUUUAUUUGGAGAGUACUUGGACUUCAAUACCUUUGCAGCUUGGGAGAAGAGUGAGGCAAUUGCAUAUGGCUUUCCGAAAUCAAUAGUACUGAAUGCUUUAAAUACUUCAAAAAUUCUUUUUGAGGAAGACCUGAAACAUUUCAGUAUGGGAAGCCCAUUCAACCAGUGGAGUCUACUUGUCCACAUGCAACACGAUGACUUCAAAUGGAACCAUCUCUUGAAAGCAGUGACUGAAUACGACAACACAUUGGUAGUACUACGGCUUGAAGAUGACUUGAUCAUAGAACUUCAGAUUCUUGAAAGACUUGAACUUGGAAACGAACAGUUGAUGGAAGGUGGAAAAAUAUCCUCAAUUCUUCACUCAAGACAUUUCGGAUAUAAUUGUCGGUACAUUCUAGGGGAUACGUAUUACCUUGAUCUGUCAGAAAAUACUCUUCAACUGUAUCGAGACAAAAGCCGCGAACGAACGUUUAUUUGGCUUCAAUGCUUUGACAAGACACGAGACGAAAUGACGAUGAAGAAGCAGAAAAUUGAUCCGAAUGCAACAAACGCUAUCAGUACAGAUUUGCAACGAUACGACAGAAGAAUACUGGAAUCGACAAGAACGCAUCCUAAAGUGCGAAAAGCACAAUUCAAAGAGAUUGAAAUAUUUGUACGAUCGCUUGGUACCGAGGCUCCGUACUAUGACAUUUAUGACGUCAACGAUUUGCUUCCAGUUGAAGAAGAAUUUGAACCCGAAUUAGAAGUGACCGAUGCUGACAGUUUCGAUUUCGUUGAUUUGUUCCAUGAAAGAGUCCAGUUGUUUGAUUCAUUAGAUCGCGAGGAACAAUCGCAAGAACUUCUGAAGGCAGCAAACGUUCCUGACCUUUCUUUGUUUGAUAACGUUCUACAGUGUGAUGGUGCUGCAACUGCUGAAGCUGUCUAUAUGUUCCGAAAACUGCUGGAAAACAUCAUUGUUUCAACGGUUCCGUUUGAUCUACCAGAACAAACGAAACACAUUUUUACAAACAUUGUUCUAAAGUUUGUUGAUGUGAUGGCAGAAGUAAAGCCCUCGGAAAUAUUGAAGAUUGGAGCCUGUUUGACUCGAUUAGGGCAAGAUGCAAGUCUGCUGUCAGACAUGUUUGGAAGUGCGAUAUGUGAUUGCACGAUGUCUGAUAUGAUAGAAGCAAUUGCAAACUGGGACAGUUUUUACUUUUUAAGCGAAGAGUUCGCUAUCGCUUUCCUAGAAGGGCUGAGCGUUGCUGUUCUGUCACAAAUACAUGAAAAUGUGAACGAGAGCGCCAACGGAUCAAACACCAAUGUUGACAUGUACUUGCAUAGAGUUGUACAAUUACAUACACUGCACUUGCUAUCCGAUAUUGGCAAAACUAAAGACCAUAUGCAGACAACUGAUAGGACAGACAAAGUUCGUGUACAAAAUCAGUCAAUUACUCAUCUCAAACUUAAUAAUACAGCCGAUAUGGAAAACGAUACCAUUGUUUUGUAUCAUGUUAGCGCAGUUGAAGGAACUUCUAAAUUUCUCAAGGGUCAAUAUGUUGCUCUGUCACGGCAAAUCGAUCUAUCAAAAGGAAAGGGACUAAGGUCAGUGUGUUGCAUUUGCCAAGUCAAAGAUAUCAGUGUUGCUCCUUUCAAUGUGACUCUAAAGAUAGAAGGAAAUAUACCGACAAUAGUACGACGAACGCAAGCACUAGAGGGAAUACGGUUCUGGCGAAUAGAUCUUAUAGGGAAUAUUGUGACAUACAAUCGAAUAGUUUCUGCAUUGAAAGUAGUCAAUGCGAAAGGGAAUCAAAACGACCUGUUGCAGAUCAUUACAUCGCCUUCGGAAUUUGAAUUAAAAAGAAAUGAACAGGUGAUAUUUGUGAAGGAUAUUUACGUCAGAUCUGAUAUGCUACACUAUGAGAUGACCAACCUUAACACAUGCCAGACCACAGCACUUAAAACAGCAUUGGAAAACACACUUACUCUCAUUCAAGGUCCACCCGGGACAGGGAAAACGGAAGUGGCAUGUCAAAUUGUGAAGCGUUUGCUUUCCAUGGGUAAGGAGGAGAAAAUUCUUAUAGUUGCGGAAACGAAUAUUGCUGUAGACAACAUAGCCAGAAGAUUGCGGAAAGAUGCUGUUAUAGUUAGGAUAGGAGCUUCCGAAGGGAUUGCAAGUGAUAUAUAUGACAUAUCAUUGGAAGGGCAGAUGAGGAGAAUAGCGGACAUGGAAGCGAGGAAACUUAAAGUUCGUGACCAGCAAGGUGACACUCACAGAAACACACAAAUCAUGAACAGAAUUUUGUCAAAGGCCCAAGUCGUCAUGACAACAUGUGCUGGAGCUGGUGAUAUUUGCCUCGAAAACUAUUGUUUUCCAUAUUUGUUAGUUGAUGAAGCCACACAAACGCUCGAAACCACCCUUUUGUGUAGUAUUGCUCAUGGCGCAAAUAAGCUCGUGUUGAUUGGAGAUCCAAUGCAGCUUGGUCCGACAGCUGUAGACCAGAGUCACAGAGACACUUCUUCACCAAAUUUAUUCAAUAUUUCCCAGCUUUCGAAAACUCUAUUUCACAGACUUUACGAAAAGCAAGUAGUUCCAGUUUGUUUCCUUGACACCCAAUACCGAAUGCACCCGUCAAUAGCGAUGUUUCCGUCGGAACACUUUUACGAUGGGCGUUUAAAAACCGGAGAAUGCGCAAAACGAAGACCUCCAAUUGUUUUUCCAUGGCCAGGAAGAGCUCCCUUGUGCUUCAUUAACGUUAAGUCAUAUGAGAAGAAAAAGGGAUCAUCGUAUUACAACGAUAAGGAAGUUGAUACUGUUGUCAAAGUUGUCAAUAAGCUUUUUGACGUUAAAGAAGAGGAGAGGGCAAAAAGAAUAGGAAUCGAAGACGUGGGUGUUAUAACGCUUUACAAAGCCCAAGUGGAAGCACUCAAAAGCAGUGUUAGAAAAGGAAUACAAAUAAGUUCUGUGGAUGGUUUUCAAGGCCAAGAAAAAGAAGUCAUCAUCGUCAGUACAGUACGAAGUAAUGAGAAAGGAAGUGUGGGCUUUUGUGGUGAUAUGAACAGAAUGAACGUUCUUUUAACUCGGGCAAAGAGGGGAUUGAUAAUUAUAGGGAACGCGAAUACCUUGCAAAACUCGGAAAUUUGGCAUCAGUGGCUCGCACAUGCUCCAACAUUAGACGUUAGUAAAUUGGAAAAAUCGGAAGAGAUGGAAACAGCUCCUCGAACUCCAAGACAUAAAAACGUGAGGAAGACGAUAUAUACACGAAACGGCCGUCGGUAUUAAUGAGUAUCACCCCAGUGAUGAUAUCUAUUUGACAGAAGAUAAGUGUUGGACACCAAGGCAAUUGGAAAACUUUCUUCUAAACACUAGAUGACAUAGUUUUCAUUGAAAUGUUUUACGCCCUCCCUAUCAUUGCAGUUGUCAAUAUCAUUCAUAAGUUUUUUCAGUUUGUAUUUAAUAUAUUUGCGUAGUUCUUAGAAAAAAAAUACAUUGUUAGUUUCGAAACAUUUGUUUCAGUUGUUUGCACUUGUGAUUUGUAUAUUUUUGUAAAGUUUUUUUUAUUAUAAAUGGAAUUAAAAUGGUACUAUUUAGUAUUGAUGUGUUUCAAACAAUAUGUGCUAGAUUUAUGUGUUUUUAAAUAAUGUAAUGGUGAUUGCUGCGGCAAUGUCUUGAACUGUUUCUACUAACCUCCACGAGGGUUGAACAGAAAGUAAGUGUACUUUUAAAAUUAGCUUUUUUCUCGACAAAUUCUGAGGAAAUAUGUUGAGGUUUUUGUUUGUUUUUCAGAAAAUGCAUUGAGAAUAAAAACAAUGACUUACUUUGCUACUUUGGAACGUUUGUUAAACCGUGAAUCGCUAGGGCGGAGUCUCCAUAUGUUUAGUUUGAUGAGCAGCACUAUUUACAAUUAUGCUUUUUUGCUUAAUUAUUAUGCUUCCAUACAUUGUCAUCUAACGCAAGCAGUUGGUUAAUCAGUGGAUGAGAAAAAAAAAUAACAUCAGUUUUUGCAAAUGUUAUGAAGAUGCUAAUGAAGUAAUUGUUAUUUAUUAUACCUCACGUGACCUGCCCAUGUUAAUUUCUCAUAUACCCAUCAUGGGCAAUUUCGUACUGUCACACACUGACAGUACCGGUUUGACCGGUUGACAUGAUACUGUCACAUAGCACGCGCGUCUAAAAAUAGGCAUUUUUUGGUUUCCCAAGUCUGAGGUGAUAAGCGGUUAUUAAAAUGUGGUAACUUCCGGUGUUUGCAUUAUUUCUUAACGACAUUUAUAACUAAUGACAACUAAUGAAAACAAACAAUAAUUACAGAAUAGAUUGAUUAAACUUGAAUGUUGUGUCUGGUAAAUCAUCUUUAUAUAUGUAUAUAAAUGUAACUGUGUUCGCUAUAAUAAAAUAAAUAUUGCAUAGCUUCCAGUGUGACAGUACAUAUUGUCAACAUUCGGGAAAUACUGUUACCCUUACUGUCACACUGGAAGCCAUGCAAUAUUUAUAUAUUGUCACCUGCGAGAUGUUCCUGCUGCUCCAACAAGCUAUACUUUGAAUUCAAAUUAUAAAGUGGGAGUACAAUGUAUUGAGAUUGAGCCCAACACACUGAGAUUAUUUAAAUACAUGGUUCUUGAGAUAUAACAAAAUCCAUUAACCUAAACUGCAAUACAAAAAGUCCACGAAAUUCUUGAUCAACCCUCGUAUGUUUUAAAUAAUGAUGUUAUAACUGAAUGCCAUUAUCAAUAUAUAAUAUACUUGUAUGUGUUUGAAAUGUCGCUUGAGUACUCGUUGUCAAACUUAUUUAAAACGUAUUAAU